CGUGAGUCGGCCUUGGCGGUCGGACUCCAAUCGGCAAACGUCGUUAGCAUUCGAUAUUUGCUUUUAUCUCUUUUACACUCAAUGACUGUGCUGCUCAAUCCGUCUCGAAUUUCCACACGCAACAUUCGAGGAAACUGACACAGCUGAGACCAUCGCUACUGCAAAUAUCCACCUUAUUUGAACGCGGUAAGGAAUAAUUUCGCAGACACAACGUGACCGGUUAUGGACUUGUGACUCUGGUACGUCAUAAUCGUUCUUUCUCUUUUUUUCCAAGCUCACACUACUGCCUUCUAGCCAGUACGGUAAAAGCUUUGAAGAGAUACGGACUGUCACGUAGAGACGUUAGCCUGAACCCGUAACCGAACCCGAGCAAAUCGAAUAAUUGACGACGUGAUCUGUUACGAUUGCAGUAAUAACAGUCCAUUCCAAUUAUCUUAUAGUGCCUUUAGUGAUAUGUAUAUUAAUCGAUAAAAACGUUAUUCGAAUAAAGUUUGUUAAACUGGAAACUUCAGAUUUCGAUUCGUUCGAAACGGCCACUAUUGUUUUCAAAACAUAUGAUUUGCCGACUUGUCACCCAGAGUGUAGUGACUGAAAUCAGGGUGCGGUAACAAUUAUAUUAUUGUGAGUGCGUGUGUUGGAUACGGCCCAGUGAAUCGCCGGGCCCCUCUCGUGUGUCUCCAGUGUUGAGUUACAGCUCGCGGUAUCAAUAAUUCUAUUGAGGAGCAAGUGACUGAUGGAGAAUUGUGCCUAUAUUGGGAAGGUGGUAGUCAAGAGCGGGCGUCAUGCUGACCCGCGUGCUUGUGUCUAGUGUACGCAGACUCCGGCAAAACGGCGGCUACAGAGACAGCCCCGGUACUCGCACCACAGACGGGCGGUGCAGACAGCGCCAGCGGCGGGUCAGGUGGCUCGGGCAUGGAGUGUCUCCAACUGCGCUCACCACCCGGACCAUUUCAUUACCUCAUCUCGGAGCAGGCUAAGUCCCUCGUCGCUCUACAGGAACUCCAGAAUGAAGUCGGAGCUUUACUUGAGUUUCGCGACCUCGUCAUCGAGACAUUCCCUAACCUACGCUCCAAGAUGGCGCCGUCCACGCCUGCGAGCGGUACACGUCGCGACUGGGAGCCCGGGGUGCGCGUGCGUCGUAAACUUGCGGCAGGAGCAGGAGACGCUACGCGGGCCAAACCACAACCCUCCGUGCAGGAUUCCGGCUUCAGCACAGAGACUUCUUGCGGGAAAGACGCACAUUCCUCAUCGGCAUCAGCUUCUGCGUCAGCCACACGUUCAAGACCAAUUGAAGAUGAGCUCUGGGCUUUACUCGACGUCAUUCAAAGAAAAGGAGUACGGUUACGAGACGAAGCUGAACAAUUGCGCGGCGAGCUCGACGACCGGCACCCAGCGGACACCGUGGAGGAGUCGUUCACGCGAGCACUCAACGACACAGCGUGCGCCGACUGCGCCGACACCGGGCGGCUGCGCGCCGAGCGGGACGCGCUGCUGCUCCGCGCCGCGCAGCUGGAGGCGGCGGCGGCGGCGGCCGCCGUCACUCCGCCCGCGCCCGCGCCCAGCACCCCGCUCGGCCGCCUCGACACAGCACUGGAAACACCCUCGCGCCCACCGCGCGUCGCUACGCCUGACUCCAAGAAGUUCGCGGCGAUUCUCCUCGAGAGCAAUCCUGUCGAACUUCAGAGGCAGCUACUCACUUCCACCGUUCAAAAUCAGGUACCUAUGAAAAUAAAUUCUAAUCUAAUUAGAAAGCAUAGAAGUGGAUGUGAACUCUACAUGCUUAAGAUAACAAUCACUAGAAAUGUAUUCAAAAAGAUACGUUUCCAAUUUCCAUUUCUAUCUAUUUGAUUCAAACCCACCUUGACCCUGUUAUCUCUAAUCAUCAAUCGUAUUGUUUAGUGUGCCGAAUUGAACUUCUCAGACUUGCAUGGAUAUUGCGGUAAGGUGUCAAUUUUAGGAAGUUUCUUUCUUAUGGGUCAUUAGAAAUCUGUGUUGCAUUAACGAAAUAAAAAAAUAUAAAAAAGCAGUUAAGGCUGUUAAUUGCAGAACGAGUGAGGUAACGAAGUACGUGCUAGUCGUUCUUCUGUCGUUGCACUAACGAGCUGCUUGAUGCUCUGACGUAAUCUCAGAGAUUUCGGCAGUAGGUAUUACGCAGAUCAGUGGAGGUAAUGGAGUGUGUCCGCGACCAUGCAGGCCACCAUUCCUCCACCUAUUUAUCUAAGUUAUUUGUGUCGUGGACAUGUGUUUUAGUACUCAUUAACUUACAUACUUAUUAUCAUUGCAAUAUAUUAUCGCUAAAACCAUUGCGCUUUUUUUGUUUCUAUCACGUGCAAGGCCUAUCACAAAGUAUCUCAAGACAAUACCAUAACUUUAGCACUUAGCACGCAUGUGUCAUAAAUCCUUGGCUUAAAAUGAUAGAUAGCAAUGAACCAAUACGGUGACUAGUGCGUUUCCGUCUCAACGAUUUGCUAUUUCUUUAUAGCGUAGGUAUCAUGAUUAUUUUAAUAUCCCCUUCAACAAAAGGAAAUCAUCACUUUGCUUAUAGGUAGUACAUAUUAUUAUAAUUUAUGUAUGUAAUCAUUUUUAAAUUAGUUAUGCUGAAGGCUAAUCUAGUUGCUUAAUGUGCAUAAGUAUCCUCUUGUAUUUAUUUUACUACCAUAGAAACUACUGCAAGGAAAAUGUUUAAAUGUAGUAAAACGUUAAAAUAUUCUUACUGUCUAUAGCUUUCCGUAAUUUGAAUAAAAAACUUCUGUCCUUAACGUAAUUAUAACUCAGACGGAAGAACCUAAAGCAUAAAAAACACGGAACUUAGUGGUGCGUUCAAUAUAAAUACCAACCGCAUUAUACACAGGUUCAGUCCCAUUUAUUUAGUUUGAUUGCUAUUUAGCAAUUUAUUUCAUUUUAAUUUAAAGCCAAAACUCAUCAACAUACAAUUUUAGUUAAAACUUAUAACAUAAUCCAUUGUAAAUAUUCAGUACCUACACAUAGUCUUAAUAUUUAGUUAUCAUAUUAAAUUAUAUCUUCAUCUGAUUAUUGUUUCUUAAGUUGGGGUUUGGUACCCACAUUCUUAUCCAAGAUCGGUUUGUUUUGUUUAAAUACAAAUUUUAAUAAAAUUUUAUCUGUUGUUUUUCGUUUGCUAACUAUCAUUGACCCUAUGUUGCAACUACUGACGGAUUUUUAUGCAAUACUUAUUUAUGUAAAUAAACGCAGGAAAUAUGACGUAGCAAUCCGCGCUCAUCACACUAAAACAGCUUUCAUUAGAAAAUUUUACGUUUUUCUGGCACCUCUUGUGUAUAAUAAAAUUAACACAGCCAUAAACAUUUUCAGUCUAAAUAAAUUUCACUGUAAAAGAGCGGUGAAGGCAUUUUUACUGACUUUAUCCUAUGAUGAUACUGAAAAACUCAUCCAAGUAAUGAUAUAAAUCUACUGUAUAUUGUUGCAGCUGCUGGAUGUUUGCACCUUCUCAUAUUGAUUUAUACUACGAAUUAUCAAGCAUACACCACAACACACAUACACACACACACACACACAUACACACACACACAUACACACACACACGCACACAGACACACGCACACAAAAUAGACAAAUUCCUAUAUAUUGGUGAUAGCUAUACCUUACUUUUCCUUCUCUAUCUUUUUAAUGUGGUAUGUAAUUUUAUUUUUAACUGGUCUUUGUGAUACUCUUAAACGUUUGUUAUUGUAAUUACUUUUUUUUGGCUAUUUAUUAAGGCGGGAAUUGGGCGCCGCGUGCCGAGAUACAGGCUCACGCCUAGUUCGGUCGCGGAUGCUCGUUCUGUCAGUUGUAGAAUAACUGUUAUAAGCAUAAGUCAUAAUGUGAAACAGUAAACUGUAACCACCUUUCUGAAUAAAUAUUAUUAUUAUUAUUAUUA